AUGAAGGCAAAUGCAAAUAAAAAGACAAAGGCUCGCAGUUUUGUGGCUGAGGAAGAGGUAUUAGUGUUGUUGCCGGUGGCAGAUGAACUCUUGAAGCAAGGUUUAGUGGACCUUACCAAAUCGAAAAGAGAUUGUGGAGUAAACUAUGUAGUGAAUACCGCAGAUAAACGAAAGGGUCAACGAGUGUGCCAUAUAAAUAUGCUCAAAAAAUACUUUGAUAGAGAGGAUAAACAGGAGGAGGUACUGGUAGUUGUAAGUAAGGAAAAGGGGUUAGAGAUUAUGGAUUGUGGCCAAAAGUUAAAGUAUGAACCCAGUUUCAGCGAAGGUAUGAUGAAUGUUUACACAUAUGAGGGUGUUAUUCUGACUGGGCUUCCAGAAAGUGGCUUGAACAGAGCUGGUGUGAGAAUUAACUGUGGACUGAACAUUAUUCCAAUGGGGCAGAACACCUACCUCCUUAAGAUCACACGCCCUCAGAUUCUGGAGUACAAUGGCAUUUGGCCGAGUCAUUCCUUCUUCUCGGCCCACAAACUCACGCAGAGACUGGCUCCAGAGCUGUUGAAGCCUGUGACAUUUGAGUACAACAAGGGCCAAGUGGGAAAGAUCCAAGCCCCUGCGGACUUGCUUGAAGAUAUCCUGAACAUCCACAGGGGAAUCCUCAACAUUUUUCAAAUCACCAUGAAGAAGUCGCAAAAUUUCUAUGGGUUGCAAGAGGCCGGAAUUGAAGGUGUUUGCCUCACAAAUUACAUCAUUCAGGAAAACAAGAAAGCUCACCGAAUUACUAUCACCAAGUCAAAAGACUUGAACAACUGUCAGGAGAAGGUUAUGAUAUUCACUGGUGCAGCCUACGCGGAUCCUGUCUGCCAACAGAGAAGCAGGAAUAUACGUGCAUCUGCUACUUUCACCCAUGUCCUGAAACCUACAGCAACUGGGGCAAUCCUUCAGGAAGCCAGGGUUCGGGAAGUGCAUCAGUUUACCCCAUUCCAUGAAGGUGAGGGAACCGCUAUAUUGGAAGCAAGGCAACACCUCACACUUGUUAAUAUCAAGGCUGCAGUAAUGCGUGAGCUGCAUGUUAAGUUUGUGGACCGAGGAACAUUGAAAUAUCACUUUGACGAGAAUGUACUUCGCAAGCCCAUGAAAUUAAUGAAAGCCCAGAGUGUGGAAAAAGUGAUUCUAGAAACCCUGAAAAACUUGGAACUGCACAACCAGGAGAAAGUCAAUUCUGACACACCCGCUAAAUUUCUGCAGCUUGUGCAGCUUCUUCGUUCCACAACAGAAGGAACCAUCGCGUCCGUGUGGCAAGGUUCCCACAGCAACCAGUUCCGGCGCUGGAUUCUGUUUGCACUUCCUGCUGUUGGAACACUUGAUGCACUGAGAUUUCUCAAAACAGCGAUUCAAAAUAUGGACAUCACAAUGGCUGAUGCCACUCAGGCUUUAGGUGUUGUUAUGCAUCAAAUCACAGCCAAUCUUCAAAGUCUAUCGCUAGUCAAAGAAAUACUGGAAAUUCUUCCAGUGGAACAGUUCUCCAUUCCUCGUCAGGUUGUUCACCUUGGAUAUGGCUCUAUGGUUUUCAGGUAUUGUGUACAGCAGGUGACAUGCCCUGAUAACCUACUGAAGCCUCUCCAUGACUUGCUCACUUUAGCUACUGCUCAGGGCAAUGAGGAGGACAUCGCUCUCAGCCUCAAGUCGAUCGGCAAUGCGGGGCAGCCAGCGAGUACCAAGAGUGUCAUAAAACUAUUACCAGGAUUCGGCACAGCGGCUGCCAGUCUCCCACUCAAACUCCAGGUCGAUGCUAUCAUGACGUUGCGUAACAUUGCAAAGAAAGACCCAGAAAAGGUACAAACCAUCACUAUACAGGUGUUCAUGAAUCGAAGGAAUCAUCCUGAAUUACGAAUGUCUGCUUGUGCAAUAUUCCUGUGCACCAAGCCGCCUUUGAAUUCGUUGCUGGUCCUAGCCAAUUCACUGUUAAAAGAGCCCAGUUUGCAAGUGGCAAGCUUUGCUUAUUCGCAGUUCAGAUCUCUUGCAAGAAGUUCACUCCCUUCUCACAGUUCCCUGUUGGCUGGCUGUAAUUUAGCUGCAAAACUCUUGAGUCCCAGAUUUGACCGACUUGGCUUGAAAUUCAGCCAGGUUUUUCAUCCGGACUUAUUCAGCUAUAAGCUGAUGUCAGGACUAUCCGCUAAAGCCAUUCUAAUUAACAAUGUCGGUGGCCCCAUCCCUACAUUAGCAGCAGCCAAAGUCACGGGCCAUACUUUGGGAUUUUCCAGCAAUCUUGCAGAGGUUGGAUUACGAAUGGAAGGUCUCCAGGAGGUCAUGAUGAAAGGCAGCGCAUCAGUCAGAGGAGGUCCUGAUGUGAAACAAAUUCAACAUAUUUUGAACGGGUGUCCAGAUUGGAAAUCCUUGCCAGAAAAAGUACCUCUAGCCUCAGCAUACAUGAAACUGUUUGAUCAAGAGAUAACUUUUGUGGAGUUCAGAAAGGAUGAUAUUCACAAAGCCAUUCAAGUAAGACUAAACUGUGGAAAACACAGCACACUGAGGAAACUUGUAAACCGGCUCCAAAAGCCGAUUGAACUGCAGCCUGCAGCGGCAUUACUGACAGCUGAGCUACGACGUCUUGUGCCCACGUGUAUGGGUCUGCCCAUGGAGCUGUCCUUCCUUUCUGCCGCUGUGGCAAAAGCCAAUCUCAAUGUUGAUGCAAAAGUCCCUUCCUCCAUCUCUUCCUUUUCUCAAUUGCUCAAUGCUGACAUUCAGCUGAAGGCUCAGCUAAACCCAAGUGUGGCUAUGUAUAGCAAAGCCAUCAUGGAAAUAAAUACACCCUUCAUCCAGUCUGGUUUGGAAUUCGAGGCAAAAAUCCAUUCUGCUUUCCCUGUGGACGUAUCUGCAAAGAUAAAUGUUAAAGAGAGGAAUUUGAAGAUUGACAGUGCAGCAGCUCAGGAGGAAAAUCGGAUAAUAUCUUUCAAAUCAGAGGUAUUCGCUAUUUCAAGAAAUAUUGAGAACCUGUCUGCAGCAAGAUUGACGCCGAUUGUACCUGAAGCAAAAGAGCCAAGCAUUACAAAUCAAAAAUUCAAGCCUUCUGGGAGAUACGUAGAUACACAACCAUACCUGGGCCUCCAUUUUAAAAGUAAUCUUCAACGAGGAUUCCACUUUCAGCAGGUACCAUCCAAAUCAAACAGGGUACUUGGAUUUCUGAGCAGGAAUCUUUGGUAUUACAACAAAAAUAUCAGAGCUAUAGCUUCCCAAACACUUGUCUGUCCAAUCCUGGAAAAUCCAGAUCUUUGUUCAGGAAUAGUAAUGGAUGAAUUUGAAUGUUAUGAUGAAGUAGAGCGACCACCACCAAGGCCCUCAGUGACUAACACUUGUUUAAGGGUGACCACAUUUGGCUUUGACGUGUGUCUGGAUGCAAAGAUGGCAAGUGCAGUUUUUAUUCGCCAUGGUCCACUGCACAGGCUGAUGGGAGUGCACACUGCCAAACUUUUAAUCAGGCCAGCCCAGUCAGGCGCACACACUGAAAGGCUGCUGCUUGAAGUACAGGCAGGACCCAAAGCAGGUUCCAAAAUUAUACGGAGUCUGGAGGAAGAGGAACCACUACCUGAGAGAAUCCAUCGGCAGACAGUCCUGUUCAAGGAACAUCGCUCACAGACUGGAAUCCAAAAUCAGACUUGGACCAAAAGCUCCUCAUCCAGUUCAAUUUCCAAAAGCUCCUCAGGAAGCAGGACCACAUCUCGAAGCUCUUUGUUGUCGAAUGACCGAUUACUCAAGGGGCACCACAACAUUGACCAGAAGCAAGAUCGACAGGGUCGUCCAUCCAGAAAGCGAAGCAGUGGCACAAAUCGUCGUUCCAGCUCCAGCUCCAGCAGAUACAUGUCCUCCGGCAGCACACAGGGAAUAAACCAGGGCCUCAUGGAAAUUGUAUUCAAGUCAACUCAAAGCAGUGAGCGUGAUCUCAUUGGAGACAUAAGUGCUCCGUCACUCAUCAUCCUCGCUCAAGCUAAAAGGACUGAUGGAAAACUGCAAGGUUAUCAGCUCACUGGAUCCGUGCAAAGUUCCGAUGGCAGGCCUAAAAUGCACCUUCGUAUUGUUGAUCUGAAGGAAGACAGCAGAUGGAAAAUGUGUGUGGAUGCUGCCAUCCCUAAAGCACACAAAGCCAUGAUAAUGUACAGAUGGGGUGAAAACUGUCAGAGGUAUAAGAUUUCUUAUAAAGCAUCAAUGGGACAUCUUCAAAAUCACCCAUCUAUGAAAAUUAAAACUCAGUGGUCGGAAAUUCCUGAAGUGAUGAUAGUUGCUGGAAGGAUGAUUGGGUCAGGAGCUGCUUAUCUAUUAGGAUUUUCCAAUAAAUUUAAAGUUAAUCCUUCUCGUCAGAUCACCUAUCUGAUAACCCUAACAUCACCACGGACCAUUGAUACAAUUGUUAAGCUACCGAAGUUUACAAUCUAUUAUCAAGGCUUCGAGCUCCCUUUGCCAGUUCACGUUCAAACAAUGGCUCCAAUCAUACGGACUCAAGGAUUCAAAAGCUUCGCUGAAAUUCCACGGCUACUUCUGACAAUGAAUCAACGGGAGUGUAUUGCAGAGAAUGAGCGAGUUGUUACAUUCGAUAGCAAUGAACUAACGUAUAAAAGACUUAAUGAUUGUCACUACGUCCUGACCAAAGAUUGUUCACCUUCUCCAAAGUUUGUUCUGUUGAUGCGACGUGCUGAUAAUCAGCAGAGAAAGAAGGCAAUAAAGCUACUCAUAUCAGUGCCCAAUGUUGUAAUUGAAGCAUAUCCUACACAGGAUGGAAUAAAAUUCAUGGUGGACAAUGUUGAAACCAGUCUGAGUAACCAAGGAAAGAUUAUCCAAAAUCUUGUAACUAUUCGUCAGAAUGGGACUGGAAUUAGUUUAGAAGCACCCUCAAUCAGUAUUGACCAAUUGUACUUUGAUGGAUACAAAGUGCAGGUUGUACUUGAUCAGAUGAUGAGUAAGACGUGUGGUAUUUGUGGAAUUAAUAAUGGCGAGCAAAAAAUGAUGAUGCCAAAUCAAGAGGAAGCCAGAGAUGUUGAGGGUCUUUUUGAAUCAUGGACAUAUCCAGGACAAUCCUGCACAGAUGAUUGCAAAGUUAGACGAAAUUUUGUGGAACUAGGAAAAACUGCCCAGUUUGAAGGGCAGGAAUUCAAAUGUUACUCAGCUGAACCAGUACAACGUUGCCUGGAAGGAUGUUCGCCGAUUGAAACACUCUCUCGCAUUGUCAAUUUCCAAUGUGUACCAGCCAAUCGUCCUGUGGAUGCAGCUUUCAUAUUCAGUUUCCGAAAGAAGUCUGUGGAUAUGAGUCACCCUGUGGAUUUGCACGCUGACUGUUCAUGUCACUGUACUGAUGUAUGA